AUGAACAACGGCCAUUUGUGGUCGGGUAUUGAUCUUCGAGCUCACAUCGGACCGUUGUUGGGCUGUUACGGGUUUGGGCUUAUGCGUAAUCGAGUAGAGUCGAAGAAAUUGCAAGUUGGCAUAGUUCGCGAUUCUUUCCCUUAUAAGCGAGCCAUGCGUUUGCUUGCCUUCACCGUAUGGGCACUGCUGCAAUGUAACUGCCCGUUACAUGCAUUACUGGUAGCGGUCAAUCAGCCAUGUAAUAAAGAUCGGGAUAUUUUACUGCUAGAAGAUCCAGACGGUAAUGCAGGAUCAUUUUUAAAAUGUAACGGAGUUGGUGUCGGAACUAUUGGAUUUUGGGAAAGAAAUAUUUGCCCGAAUAAUCUGUUGUUCGAUUUUGUAAAUCAGCAAUGUCGGAGCGAUGUAAGGAGACGGAAAAAUGAAGUAGAAGUUAUCAACAUUGCUAUUUUGAAUAACAGUUGUGCUCGCGGUGAACGGUGUAUUGGCGGAACUGUGUGCGACCGAAACAGCCUAAAAUGCUUAUGUCCAUAUGGAACAGUUCCGGAACUUGAAACUUUAUCCUGUGUUCGCCCAGGAUCGACUUUUAAGGCCUACACCACCAUGCCAAAUCAGUACGGACAACCACAUAUGUCGCAAGUUCAACCGGCUACAUCGCCAUAUUAUAUUCCCGCAAUAGUUCCAGCUAUAGACAGCAGCCAUAAUCAGUACAAUUCUCGUUCGUCGGUAAUUGCACCGAUGCCAUUGCCGGCAUUAGUUGGAUUGGGAGCAGCUUGCGGAAAUCUAGCAGAGUGUGAUUACGAUUCCUCAUGUGUCAAUGGAUUAUGCCAAUGUGUUCCACCGUUAAUGCAACAUGAAGGAAGAUGUUUCUUAAGACGGCCGGUGAAGGAAGUUGGGCCAGGCGAGUUAUGCGACAAUGGCCAGAUUUGUAGCCGUGGAUCAGUUUGUGAUGCUGUAAUACCUGUUUGCGUGUGUCCUCCUGAAUGGGAUCUUGAUGGAGAUUCCUGCGUUCGCACUCAUAACAAAUAUUCAGCAUUACCACCACGUAAGUCUAACAUGUCCAAGUCACGUGCAACAACGCAUCCUCAGUCUCAGCCGAUGUCAAAUUUCCGGUCAGUAUUGAAGCCGCAGCAAAUAGUAAAUCCUCAGCAGGUUUUAAAUCCUCAGCCAAUAUCAAAUCCUAGAUCGGUCUUAAGUCCGCAACUAAUUUCAAAUCCUCAACCGAUAAUAAAUCCUCAACCAAUAUUGAAUGCACAAAUAAUUGCAAAUUCGCAGCAGCCUAAACCAGUAACGCAACAAUACCAGUUACAAUCAACAGCAGUACCGCCAACAUAUUCGCAAUAUACGAGCUUGCCGAAGCAGACCAGUGAAACUCAGUCGUACAGCAAAAGCAUCAACAACUUUUUACAGUUCGGAGGAAGUAAGCAAGCGGGAGUUGGGGAAAACUGUUCUGUCAAUACUGAUUGCAUGAUUGGCGCAUACUGCAAAGCCAAUACAGUUCCUUCAACAUGUCAGUGUCUGUCAACGCAUGUGAAUGUGAACGGGCGGUGUGAAAAAGUUAUCUAUCCGGGCCAAAGUGGGUGCCAGCAUGACAUUCAGUGUGCAACAGCUUUCACGGGAGCAAAAUGCCUGAAAAGAGAAUGUAUCUGUCCAGAGGGAUAUAAAGCUGUUGAACAAACUUGUGUUUCAGGCGUUGGAUAUCCAGGAAAUGCAUGUAGUAGGUCCUCUGGAAUGAAACCUUGUUCUGCACGAUCAGUUUGCAUCGAUUCUGUAUGCCGAUGCACAAGAACACUAAUCCAGCACCGUAUGCGAGGCAAAUGUGUCUGUCAUCCACCUAAUUUUUGGAAUGGCAGGAUUUGUCAUCGACACGACUUAAGAUUAGAUAAUCGUAAAGAUGCUGAAGCUUUCAGUAACCGCUUAGCAAAGAAAAGUGGUAUGCAGACUGUUCAAAAGGUAAAAAGAAGUAGUGACAGCAUAGAAUGCUGGCCUGACCAGUACAUCUGCUCAAACGGCAAGGGAAUUUGCCUUAACCAGACAUGUCAUUGUCUUGAUGGUUAUUACAAGAUUAAUGAUAGGUGCGAAAAACGUUAUCUACAAGUUAAUUCGUCUUGUGCUGGUAGCAGUAUUGAAUGCCAACCGAAUGCCAUUUGUUUGCAAGGCAAAUGCGUAUGUACUGAUAUCGGUAAAUGCUCCGAGAUGGAAGAAGAGGCUGUUAAUAAUGAGGUAAAAGACCGACAGUUUUGCCUCACUGACGAUGACUGUGGAGAAGGUGCAUCCUGCAUCAACUCAUUUUGCGAAUGCACUCAUGGAUUAAUCAAGAGGGGGUUUAGCUGCAUACUACCGGAUGGGACCUUCAAGCCACUAAACAGCCAAUGUAGAAGUGAAGAUCGUUGUACUGGCGGUUCCAAAUGCAUAGGUUCUGUGUGUUCAUGCAGCGAUGGAUCAAAGAAUAUCGAUGGAAAGUGUCAUCAACAACCAGGAGGUAGUUGUUCAGAUGGUCAAUUCUGCACGGGUGGAUCGUCAUGUGACUUAGCCUUGUGCCGAUGUCCACCUGGAAGACAGUUAGAGAAAAAAAGAUGCGUUUUGCAAACAGCUCAACCUGGUGAUCCUUGUCAAGGUCCACAGAAAUGUGCCUCUGGAAGCUUCUGCCGUUUUGGUGUUUGUAUGUGUUCUGCAGGAUAUCGCAUUGUUGAUGGACAGUGUAAAAAACUGAAAGACAUCUCUGUUGGCGGAACAUCAAUCAAAGGGCCGGAAGUGCAGGCUCAAACACAAAAAAAUAUUACGGAAACUAGUCGAUGUGAUUUGUCGGAAGAGGCUGUUGUCAAAAAAGCUCCUGGUCAAUGUUGUAAAGAAGACUCGAACUGUUCUGGAGGAUCUGUAUGUCUACAAGCCAUAUGCGUUUGCCCUGGAGGCGAAAACUCAAACGGGAAAUGCAUACCGAAUAAGGUUUCUAGGAAGGAGGAUAAGGGCUUGCGAGUUACCGGAAGAAAGACAAAAUCUCCUGGCUCUCCUUGUAGACUGACUAUUGAAUGUCCAUACAGGACAGAAUGCGCCAGAGGACUUUGCCGGUGUAGACAGGGAGAAACAAUCAUCAACGGAGUUUGCCGGAAAGCUGUGUAUGAAGUGUUACCGGGGGGUAAGUGUAACUCUUUAGAGGGAUUAGACUGUAUUGGCGAAUCCCAGUGCAUUUACGGCAAAUGCGCGUGUAAACUGGGAAUGAGCACCAAUGGAAAAGAAUGUAUAUCUCACCUUUAUCUUAAAAACGCUCUUCCAGGAGAUAGUUGCGGAGAGGGACAAACGUGCACAAAAGGGUCACUAUGUAUUGAUAAUCUUUGUCAGUGUCGGGAUAUUGAAAUGAUUAAUGAUGAAGGGGAAUGUGUACUUUCACUUGAACAAGAAAGUAAGAUUAGUUCUUCUUCCCCUUCAUUUGCUCGUGACCUUUGGAAAACUGUGCUAGCAGGUGCAAGUAAGCCAAACGAAAGUCAAGGAAACAUUAACCAGUAUUUAACAGCACAUCGAAUGUCUAUCAACGUCCUUGAUGAAAAUCUAUUUCGUUUACUUCUGGGCUCUGAAAACGCUGAAUCGAAUGCGUAUGCAGUUCCUUGCAAAACUGCAUGUAGUGAAGGUAGUCUGCACUGUACAUCUAACAAGUGCAACUGUCCUCCAGGUUACAAAGAGGAGAAAGGUAAUUGCGUUGUUAUCAGCAAAAGCGAUAGAGAAUUUCUUAAAAUAAUGGAGAAACUCAAUAAACUAGAAAAGGACAGGAGUAUGAAUGCAAGCAACAACAAUUUGCCGGUUAUACAUCUUGUCGGUUCUGGUUCCGUCCAUUCCACAGGGGUGGCCUCCUUGAGUGCCUUAUCGAGCACUGAAAGAGAGAAUAUGAAUUCUUACAUCGGGUUCCCUGGUGGAAGGUGCAGUGCAGAGGGAACUUGUUCUUACGGUGCACGCUGUGUGGACAACGUUUGUGUUUGUGAAGAAGAAUUCAUCGACAUUAAUGGGGUUUGUCUGCUAGGAUCGGUUCCUCUUGGUGGUGGCUGUGAAAUUAACGAACAGUGUGCCACUGAAGCUUUGUGUGUGAAAGGCAUAUGUAGAUGCAAAGAAGGUUUUGAUGAGGACCGAUUUCGAUGCAAACCGUCAAGGAACUUAAAAACCACCAAAGCUUGUAAAGAUGGUGACGGUUGUGCUGUGACCCCGCGUUGCAGAAACGGGGGGCAAUUUUGCACAUGUCCUGAAGGAAUGGCUUACACGGACGGUAUCUGCAUCUCUCACGAGAAGAGUAUCACUUGCAACAGAAACGAAGAUUGCGGAAGAUUUGCUCUGUGCCGAAACGGUUAUUGCUAUUGCGAAUUUGGAUACGAAAAAGCCAACGGUGAAUGUGUUCUAUCACCUGCUUUAUCUAACACUGGUCUUCCUCUAUUUCCACGGACUGACUUUGGGCAGGACAACAUUGAAAAUACAAUAGAGGAUGAAGAUAUGCGAUAUAUAUCGCAAGAUGGCUACUAUGACAGCAAGAAACGUUUAGAAGAACAGAGGCAAGUAGAUACAGCUCAGAAUUUAUUUGACACUGGUACUUUGGGAGGUCGGAAUAAUAUUUGGCCAGUAGAAGAUGAAAGUGAAUUGGAUACUGCAUCAUCUUUGCCAUAUGAAGCUUUGACUUCAAAAAAUCUGCAGCAAAAUAUGUUUCCUUUUUCCUCUCCCAACUUAAAUUUAAUACCUUUGCAAGGAUAUCCUUUUUGGCUAAACAAUAUUGCUUCUACAUAUCUUUUAAACGGCUUUAGUCCACCUUAUUUUCCACCAUCCGCUCUCCCUUUACAAUUUCCCCUCCAUGCAUCGACGACCGUUAACAAAACAGUGGUAGGAAAGACGUUUAAAAACGAAAUAAAAAAGAAAUGCUUUGACUCUUCAGAAUGCGAUGAGGGUUUGCAUUGUACUAAUAACACUUGUAUAUGCUCUGAAAAUUAUGCCUUACAAAACGGGGCCUGCGUUUACGUUGGUAAUGCUGUCAAAUCUUUGGAGAAAGGGCUGAAGUGGCACCUGAAUCCCUUAGAAAGUUGUGACGGUGGGGAUAUCUGUACAGGCAAUGCGUACUGCACAUUCCUUGGUGACAUAGGUCCCCUUUGCGUCUGCCCUUUGGCUACUGUCUUGAUUGGUAAACAGUGUAUUUCGAUAGAUAAAAGCAGCGACUUUGUUGAAGUAGGUAGCUAUUGUCGCGAAGGCUUGGUGUGUUCUGGUGGUUCAUCUUGUGUGAGAGGCAGGUGCCUUUGUCCUAAAAGUCGGACUCAGAUUGGCAAUUAUUGUUUAACGGUUGCCUUUCCUGGGGAACGUUGUGGUAGUGGCCAACUGUGUGCCGGAUUUGCACAGUGUAGCAAAAAAGUAAACAAAUGUUUAUGUUCUUAUGGGAGCUUUUUUAACGGGAAAAGAUGUGUGACGUCAACUAGCAGUGAAGUGACUCUCGUAAAUUCGCAUUUAACCAUUUGCGAGACGAGGAAAUCUUGUCCAAAGAACUCGUAUUGUUCACUGCAGAAAACUUGUGAAUGUUUCGAAGGUUUCAAAAUGGUUAGUGGUAUUUGCCUUGCAGUCAGCUUUCUAAGAUAUCCAGGACAAGAGUGUGACGAGAAUGCUGUUUGCAUCAACCAUUCACAAUGCCGUGAUCGCAAAUGUAAAUGCUUAAACGGCAGAAAGGCUAUGUUUUACUCCUGUGAUUAUCGAGCUCAGAAACAUUUCUCGAGAACUUUAGCUAAGCAAAAACGCCUUCGAAAGAGAGGGAGUGAAAAAAUCUAUGCUCCUCCUGGAGGUAGUUGUUACAAUUUUGAAGAGUGCACCGGAGGUUCUAUUUGCCGAGACGGAUGGUGCGUGUGCCCAGACCCAACAAUGACUGUGACACAGGGACUAUGUAUCAGAUCACACAACCAGCAACCAAAAUCAUCGACAAUUUACUCGACGUCUCAACCAUAUCAAUCACAAUUUGAAAAUUUACCCAGAUCACAAAAUUAUUUGCCUGUAACUUCGCCAUCAACGACACGGACGACAGACAGUUACAGCUCACAGGACACGAAAAGCGUUAUUGUUGUUCGUAAAGCAGCUCCCGGAACUAAUUGUGGACCACUGGAUGAGUGUGUUGGUGGUUCCAUGUGCGUAGAGGGAAUAUGCAUUUGUCCCGCUGGUUACACAGCUUCUCCAACAACUGCACGGUGUGAACCGAAUCCGACAACAAGUCCACCUUCUACAGGUGAUUAUAGAGAAGGUUACGCUUCCUCUGUACUAACGGCACAUAUAUCGAGUGUAAUGCAGCCGCACACGCGACCUCCUUAUAGGCCAACGGCGGGCACAAGACCACCAUUUAAUGUUGCAACCGAUGUACUGCUUCAAAUUCCAAAGGAGGAAAUAGUGUGGACUACAUCUCCUUGGCCCCCACCAGUUGAAAUAAGUACUCAAACUACAUCAACAUUUCCAGCAACGAAACCUUGGCAUGUACUAACUACUGCUUCAAACGUUGCUAAUAUAGAUCGAUUUGUUGACUUCAAAAAAUUGACAACUAUUGAGCGGCCUAAAACUACACAAACUAUGGAUGAGUGUACGGCUGUAGGUUUAUACUGUCGUGGUGGCACUGUUUGUAUUAACAUGUCAUGUCAAUGUCCUCCUGGCUUUGUUCUGCAUAAUGAUCAAUGCGUUCCACCACCAACAAGUGUAAAACGGAAAAGCAAAGGUUAUAUGCAAGGGCAACGAUUUGCUCGUCCGAAUGAAUCGUGUCGUAACGGCGAAACUUGUACAGGCGGCUCAUACUGCUUGGAUAAAAAGGUAGAAAACACCUUCGACAUUUUCCUUAAUCGCAAGACUUGCCUUUGCCCUCCAGAAAAGCCGGUGGUUAGAGAGCACACAUGCAUUCAAAGUGAUGAGAAGCCACUAUUACAACUGCAGAAAGCUGGACCAGGGCAACAGUGUAAUGCUGAAACGAGAUGCACUGAUCAGUCUAUAUGCUAUCAAGGGAUGUGCCGUUGUCAAGCUGGCUACGCUGCGAUAAGUGGCAAAUGUGUCAAGCUUCCUUCAGCUUUAUCAACUGCUAGAACCGCUCCUCCGACACAACUUGUUUUUGUAGCACCAGGAGAACAGUGUAAUAGAGAUCGAGCUUGUAAAGGAGGUUCAAACUGUGUGGACGGUGUGUGUCGUUGUACGGACAAUCAGAUGAUUCGUGAUGAUAACUGUGUUGAUGCAACAACUAUGCAUUUAACAACUUUUUCGAAACAAACAGUCGCUGUGCCGCACCCAACAACAGUUCUUGAAACUCAGUCCUCUACCACGUCUGUAAUUAUGCCUACCAGAACUUCAGGUCAGAAUGAAUGUGAUGAUGAUACCCAAUGUACCGAUAAUCGGAUUUGUAUUGUUGGCAAGUGUAAAUGCAAAUCUGGUUACGUUGAAAGAGAUGGAGUUUGUAUCCAAAUAGAAGAAAUUGACUACAGCGAUCAGUACAUCUCAACCACAUCUGGAAGUUCUGCACAAAGAAGGUCUAGUUCGACAUCUAGAAAAAGUGCACAUACAUCACGUACACCACGUCCACGAAUUACAGGCCCACCUCUGAAACGUCCACGGCCAAUUGGUUCUGGCAGUGGAGGUAACAAGGAAAGUUUAAAGACUCGGUCAGGUAACGGGACCUGUCCACCGGGUAACGAGCCGGCACGAGAUGAAUCUUCUGGUAAAGUAAUUGUAUGUAACGGUAUGGAACCAAAUUGUCCACCACGUUCCUACUGUUAUGUUACUGGUUAUGCAAGUGAGGAAUAUAAUUGUUCCGUUAAAAGACGACAUUUGGUAAACUACGGAGACGCUUGUGACGUACGUAAAAGUUACUGCCUACAAAAUUCUGUUUGCAUUGAUAGCAUUUGUCAAUGCAGAACAGGAGAAUUGUUCAGCAAAUACGGUUUAUGUCAGCCGUUAGAGGAGCUAGCAAAAGAUAUUUCCUCAAAAGAUUCUUUUUUCGCAUGGCCAAAAAGUUAUCUCGAAAUAAAUGGUAAACAAGCUUAUCUGAGGAACUAUAAUACAUCGUAUCUGAACGUGAUUGAAACUAAUACUCAAGUUCAUUCUUCUCCUACAGUGAAUACAGCUUUAGUCAACCACGAUGGUAAUCAGCAACAAAAUUAUCAGCGUUUGGAUAUCCAUCGUAACAGUCUCAAAAAUAAUUUUGCUAUUGGACCAGUUACUUACACUGUCAAGACAAGCUCAAACUUCAACAGCCCGGCAGUUAUACCAUCAUAUGUUAAUCCGGGCAACCCACGACCUUUUUCUCCUCCAACAAUACCCAGCAGACAGUUCACAACUCCUACUCCAGUGACUGCUAUUCUUACUUUACCUGCUGCUAGGCCAACUUUUCCUCCAAAAAAUGGUAGUGCCAGUUAUAGAUUGUUAGGUGAACGUUGUGAACCUGAAAGUGACACGUGUCCGCAGCAUGCUGACUGUAUCCUACAUGUAUGUGCUUGUAUUCCUGGUUACGAACCCGGCAAUGGGUGGUGCAGUCCUGUAACUGAUAAUGAUAGAGCAGGGAAGCGCAGCAGAUAUCGCGCAUUUGGAGAAACGUGUCGUCUUGGUGAGGAGUGUGACGUUGGAGAUUGUGUUGAAGGACGUUGCGACUGUGGAGCCAAAAAAGCAUUGAUUAACGGAAGCUGCAUUAAUGGUGUUUUACUAAGUGGGAACUUAAGGGAACCGCGAGACCAGGAGAAGGUUGCGAUCAGGGACGCAUCUGUUCAGGGGGGUUUUACUAAGAUUUCUAGUCCAGGAGAAAACUGCGUACCUGGGUCCCACUGCACAGGAGGUUCUCGAUGUGUAAAUGGACUUUGUCUUUGUGAUGAAACUCACUAUCCAUCAGAUGGGUACUGUCGCCCAGUCGGUGCCAAAAAUCACGAAAUUAAAUUAAUGGAUGGCGGUUCUCUAAGAUUUUCAUCAAAACACGGUAUCGAGCGUCGUGCAGCUUCUCGAUGCCCGGUUCCAGGCGAGGCAAUUACAUGUGAAUUACCUAAUUGCUUCUGCACACAGACAGGUAGGGAACCACCAGGCGGCUUAUCACGGCAAGAAACUCCUCAAUUUGUUGUUCUAACAUUUGAUGACGCUAUUAAUGGAAAGACUUUACCAGAUUACCAAAACUUAUUCCAAAAUAACUUAUACGUUAAUCCAAAUGGGUGUCCAAUCAAAGGAACCUUUUUCGUUUCACAUGAAUGGACCAACUAUAACGGCGUACAGUGGCUUUAUGAACAAGGGCAUGAACUUGCAUCAAACUCAAUAACUCACGUAUCUCUUCAAGGAAAGUCAUUGAUUCGGUGGUUGAAUGAAAUGGACGGCGAAAGGCGAGUGAUGGCAAAGUUUGGUAAUGCUAACGAAGAAGAAAUAGUAGGAAUUAGAGCUCCUGAACUUGCUCCUGGUGGAAAUCAACAGUUUGAGAUGAUGACACGGGCGGGAUUCUUGUACGACAACAGCCUACCAGCAAACCCUGGAAUUAACGGAGAACCAUACUGGCCGCAAACACUGGACUACAAUUUAGCCUGGCCUUGCACAGACAAAUAUUGCCCCAGAAGGUAA